UCCGGCAAGAUGGUCUCCUCGCUUUGUCUGCCCUGACCGGAGUGUUUUCUUGUUUUUGCGGCUCCUCUCGCCUCCGCGCCAUCGCAAACCUGUGAGAUUCCAGCGGCCUGUUUGACGGGAAAACCAAAACAACACGAGUGUCCGUCGGUCGAGAAAUGACGACGGCGGGAAGCAGGUAAUAUGAGUCUGGAUUCUGAUUCAACCCUAGACCCAAUGGCAGAGAAAGCAGAAGAGCCUGGUAGCUCCAGAGAAAAGAUGAAGCCCUCCUCCUCUCGCAGCAAGAGGAAGCCUACUACUGCAGCUAAGCACACUGGACCGAAUGAAUCCGACUCCUCUGCUGAGAGUGACAAUGACGGUGCCCCCUCUGACAAUCCUUCCGACAGUAACACAGGCAGCGCAUGUAAAGGCACUUUAGUGAUGACACCAGCUGGUAAUGAAAACAAAGGUGCCAUGAAGCUGAGAGUCGAUUUCAAACCGAAACCUACAGAUGAUACACUGCAGAAGAAGGUAAACUGCACUGCCUGUGGAAAACAAGUAAACCAGUUUCAAUGCAACUCUGUGUAUGAGCAUCCCGCACUUAAAGUACUUAUUUGCAAGUCAUGCUACAAGUAUUACACAAGUGAUGACAUCAGCAGAGACUCUGAUGGGAUGGACGAGCAGUGCAGGUGGUGUGCUGAAGGAGGCAAGCUCAUCUGCUGUGACUACUGCAACAAUGCCUUCUGCAAAAAAUGCAUUUUGCGCAACCUGGGCAGGAGGGAGCUGUCAACCAUUACUGAUGAGAACUCAAAGUGGCACUGUUAUAUCUGCAAGUCGGAGCCGCUUCAGGAUAUAGUCUCCAAAUGCCACCGUAUCAUGGAAAAACAAGAACUUCAACAACCCAAGUCAGGAAAACCAGUUAAAACAGAGGAACGUGAGAGCAAGAGACAGAAAAACAAAUCAGUUAAAGAGCACAAAGCAGUUGUCAAUGGAAAAGAACACACCGAAGGCUCAGGGACUAUGACGUUUUCCUUUAAAAAGCUGCAGGUACCCAAAGAACUUAUAAAGAAAGUAAAAAAGCUUGUUGAAACUACAACUGGUCUAAACAAUACAUUCAUCCAGUUCAUACAGCAGGAAGUUGAGGAGCAAGAAGAUAAAUCUAUCAGGUGUCGGCAUUUGAAAGCCUUCAAGGCUGUCCUAGCUGAUUUGAAGAAAGCCCACAGUGCUUUGGAGGUGGCUUUGGAACCUGAGUUCAAAAGCAUGGAGUUUCAGAAUGGUAAUGAUGGCCAACCUAUUGCAAGAAAGACCAAGACUGUCCCGCCCCCUGUAGAAAUUGAUAGUAUGGAUACUGUGGCGAAUGCAGUUGAUAAGGUUGAUGAAGCAGAGAAGUUGGACAAGGAGCCUGUCGAUGAUCGGUAUGAGGAGCCCAUCGAUAAGCCCACCAAGGAGCUGGAUGAGGAGCUCAUCGAUGAGCCCAUCAAGGAGCUGGAUGAGGAGCCCAUCAAUGAGCCGAUCAAGGAGCUAGAUGAGGAGCCCAUCAAGGAGCUGGAUGAGGAGCCCAUCGAUGAGCCCACCAAGGAGCUGGAUGAGGAGCCCAUCGAUGAGCCCGUCAAGGAGAUGGAUGAGGGGAUCAUCAAUGAACCCGUAGAGGAGUUGGAUGAGGAACCGAAUGAGGUGCCCGUUGAGGAGCCAGACGAGGUGCCCGUCGAAAAUCCGGAUCAGGAGCUGGACGAGGCACAGUCUAAUGAGCAGGAGAUGGACAGUGAUAAAGUUUCAAGUGAUAUUGAAAUGAAAGACUGCCAAACUGAAAUUGAUCCAACCAAAAAGAUCAUAAAAUCUGAAGUAUGUGAAGAUGACAUGGUGUCAGCUGGUGAAAUGUCCUUGGAUCAGGAUAUCAUGUCUGUACCACCUUCGGUUCCUGAAGAGCUUUUUCAGAUGGUGGAGAGUCUUGCAGGUUCCACCAUGCGCUCACAGAGCAACACAGAUUUGAUCACACGCACUGAUGCGAGGUCAAAUGAAAACUCAACAAAUUCUCAACGUCCCCACCCCAAGGUUAAGAACCUUAUAGUCAAGCUGACUCCAGUCCCAGUCGUCACAACAUGUGGGUCAAGGUCCUCCAGGUCCAAAAAUAGAGAAAACGGUGGGAAGAUGCAGCAAAAGUGCAAAGCAGAAGAUGGCAAGGAGAAGUGUGAUGCAGUAGAGAGGACAGUAAGCCCACCUCCUAGCCGUCGCUCUAGUAGAGUUAAGACCACCCCUUUGAGGAAGCAGGCCGAGAAAAAAGACAAGGUAAAAUCCUCUGAAUCAGAGUCAGAGGAAGAAAGUAAGUCGAAGGACAAAUACUCCAAGAAAUCCAGUGAUGCCAAAAAAGAGGAUGGAAAGCAUACCAAGGCCAAGGAGAAAAAGACCACAGACUCUGACUCGGAUGAAGUUCCACCCAUACUGCUAGAAAAGGCUACAGAAAGCCACAGCACAGAUGAGGAAGAAGGAAGCAAGAGUGCCAAAAAGCGCUUAUUCAAACUAAACAACACAUCCACACAGGAUACAGACAAAGCCUCAAAACGUAAGAGAAAGUCUGAAAGCUCUGAGUCAGAUACGGAGAAGAAAAGUAAAAAGACUCCCAAGAAGAAGAAGCAAAACAGCUCAAACUCCUCCAACUCGGACUCAGAGAUCAAGAGUAAAAGCACAACAAAGAGAAGGUCUAGCCGCGUGAAGAAGAAAGAAGAGGCAAAACCGGAUGAAAAACAUUCGCCUGAGAGGAAGGCAGGAGACCGCAAAAGGUCAUAUGAAAAGAAGCGCAAAGGAAGGAGCUCUAGCUCAGCCGCAAAGCUGCAGUCUUCCUCCAGUGAGGACGAUGAGGAGCAACAGGCUGACGGUGGCUCAGGAGAAGACAGUGACGAGCAAAAGAUCAAACCCAUCGUGGAGGGGAACGUGGUGGAAGGCAGUGGUCACUUCCAUCAGUCCUCAGGAGAUGAGGCGGGAGAUAAAGCAGAAGUCUCUCAGAUCAGCGGAGAUGAUGACGAUGAUGACCCUGAAAACAGGAUUGCAAAGAAAAUGCUUCUUGCCCAAAUAAAAUCCAACUACUCUUCGGGAGCAGAGAGCUCCUCUGAUAAUGAAGGAGAAGAUAAGGAUGAAAAGUCCAAAAAAGUUAAGAAAGAGGAUGAUUAUGAUGAAGAGGAUGAUGAAGAGGAUCAGCAAGACGAUUCAGGUUCUGAUGUUGAAGUGAAGAAACGUGGCCAACGACACAAAUUGCUUCGUCAUAAACUCUCGCUGAGUGAAGGUGAAUCGGGAGAGGAGAAAACCUCCAGUAAAGAGAAGAGCAAGGAGGGCAAGAAGAAGUCAGGACGAAAAGUGGACAGCGAUGACUCUGAAGACUCAGACUCAGACUUUGAGAAGUCUGAGUCCAGUGAAGAGUCUGCAUUAAGCGAGGAGGUUAGCGAAUCAGAAAACGAAGGGAAGCGUCGAAAAACAAGAUCUUCAAAGAAGAAGGCUGAGGAGAAACAGCGAAGUUACAAGCAGAAGAAGAAACGACGCAGAAUCAAAGUUCAGGAUUCCUCAUCCAGCAACGAGAAGAGCGGGGGGGAAGACGGUGAAGAUGGUGAGAACGGUGAAGACGGAGAUGACGAAGACCAAAAAGGACGCAAAAAGAUUCGCAAAAUUCUGAAGGACGACAAGCUGCGGACAGAAACGAGAGAUGCCCUGAAGGAAGAAGAGGAUAGGAGGAAACGUAUAGCUGAGAGGGAGGCACUCAGGGAGAAACUUCGAGAGGUGAUUGUAGUGAAGGAGUCUUCCCAGAUCACGUGUCCCAUCACCACCAAGCUGGUGCUGGAUGAAGACGAAGAGACCAAGGAGCCAUUGGUUCAGGUGCACAGGAACCUUGUCACAAAGCUCAAACCUCACCAGGUUGACGGGGUUCAGUUCAUGUGGGACUGCUGCUGUGAAUCUGUGAAGAAGAUCCAGAAGUCUUCUGGCUCCGGCUGUAUCCUCGCCCAUUGUAUGGGCCUGGGAAAAACUCUACAGGUGGUGACAUUGCUUAAUACUUUGCUGCUUUCUGAGAAAGUGGGUUUCACCACAGCGCUGGUGGUUUGUCCCCUGAACACUGUCCUGAAUUGGCUUACCGAGUUUGAGAAGUGGCAAAAAGGAAUGACAGAUGAGGAGAGUUUAGAGGUGGUUGAGCUGGCCACAGUGAAGAGGCCACAGGACCGAGCGUACGCUCUCCAGAGAUGGCAAGAAAUGGGCGGGGUUAUAAUCAUUGGCUACGAGAUGUACCGAAACCUGACGCAGGGCAGGAACAUGAAGAGCAAGAAGCUGAAAGAGAUCUUUCAGAAGACACUGGUAGAUCCAGGUCCAGACAUGGUGAUCUGCGAUGAAGGUCACAUCCUGAAGAACGAGGCAUCAGCAGUGUCCAAAGCAAUGAACUCCAUCAGGACGAGGAGGAGGGUUGUGCUGACUGGAACACCUCUGCAAAACAACCUUAUUGAAUACCACUGCAUGGUGAACUUCAUCAAGGAAAACCUGCUUGGGUCAGUUAAAGAGUUCAGGAACCGCUUCAUUAACCCCAUCCAGAACGGUCAGUGUGCCGACUCCACGCUACACGAUGUCCGGAUCAUGAAAAAGAGGGCUCACAUCCUCUAUGAGAUGCUGGCUGGUUGUGUCCAGAGGAAGGAUUACACGGCGCUCACCAAGUUCCUGCCGCCAAAACAUGAAUAUGUGCUGUCUGUUAGAGUGACUCCGCUCCAGUGUAAACUCUACAGACACUAUCUGGAAAACUUCACAGGUGUAGGGAAUGCUGUGGAGGGGGGCCGUGGCCGUGCGGGGACCAAACUCUUCCAGGAUUUCCAGAUGCUCAGCAGAAUCUGGACCCAUCCCUGGUGCCUUCAGCUGGACUACAUCAGUAAAGAAAAUAGGGGAUUCUUUGACGAGGACAGUAUGGACGAAUUCAUUGCUUCAGAAACCGAAGAAUCCUCGAUGAGCAUGACCUCCGAUGACGAGAAGGCGAAAAAGAAAAAGAAGAGAGGAAAGGGAAAAAAGGAUGACUCCGAUGACUCCGACAGUGAUGACGUGGAGGUCAUCAAGGAGUGGAACAGCAGCUCUCGGGGCAAAAACGGAGAGGGCAGAAACAGACCAGAGCCUGUUGAGGAGCCUCGGCCCUCUGGCUCACCAUCAGCAAAUACCUCUGCUGACUGGCACAGGGAGUUUGUCACUGAUGCAGAUGCUGAGAUUCUGGAGCACUCUGGAAAGAUAACGCUCCUCUUUGAGAUCCUGCGAAUGGCAGAGGAAGUGGACGAUAAAGUGUUGGUGUUCAGUCAGUCUCUUAUCUCUCUGGACCUAAUUGAGGAUUUCCUUGAACUGGCGACCAGAGCUAAAGAUGAGGAAAAAGAGUCUCCAUACAAAGGUGAAGGCAAGUGGUUCAGGAACAUAGACUACUAUCGCCUGGAUGGUUCCACUAAUGCCACGACCAGAAAGAAGUGGGCUGAAGAGUUUAAUGACACCAGUAACGUAAGAGGUCGUUUGUUCCUCAUCUCAACGCGAGCCGGCUCACUCGGCAUCAACCUGGUGGCUUCCAACAGGGUCAUCAUCUUCGAUGCAUCCUGGAACCCAUCCUACGACGUCCAGAGUAUCUUCAGAGUCUACCGCUUUGGCCAACUGAAGACCGUCUACGUCUACAGGUUCCUUGCCCAGGGUACAAUGGAGGAGAAGAUUUAUGAGCGGCAGGUAACCAAGCAGUCCUUGUCAUUCCGAGUUGUGGACCAGCAGCAGAUCGAGAGGCACUUUACAAUGAACGAGCUUGCCGAGCUCUACACCUUUGAGCCAGACAUGCUGGAUGAUCCCUCGGAAAAGAAAAGCAAGAAGGCAACACCCAUGCUCCCUAAGGAUCCCAUUCUGGCUGAGAUGCUGCAGAACAAUAAGGCCCAGAUUUCGUGUUACCAUGAGCACGACUCCCUGCUGGACCACAAGGAGGAGGAAGCCCUGAGCGAGGAGGACCGCAAGGCUGCCUGGACUGAGUAUGAGGCCGAGAAGAAGGGUCUCUCCAUGAGGACCAACUACCAGACACAAUACUCGCAAAUGGACAUGGGCUCUCCCAACUACUUCUCCUACAACGUGGCGGCUUUGGCCUCCAUGACCAACCAGCAGCUGGAGGACCUGAUAAACCAGGGACGACAGAAAGUCAUUGAAGCAACAAAUGCAUUGAAGACUUUUUCACGGGAGUCAAUGGAGGACACCAUUGCCAGACUGUGGAAGGAGAACUCUGAGCUUACAGAGGAUCAGGUCCAGUCUAUGGCCAUGGGACGUCAGGCCACUGUGGAGCUGGAGAUCAAGCGCAGGGAAGCCGUUUACAGGGAUGUUCUCACCAGGCAGCAGACGCUGAUGAUGUUCGUGCAGAAGCUCAUCACCAACAGGAAGGUGCAGGAGCAGCAGCUGGCCAUGGCUAACCAGGCAAGCUACCUGAACCAGCUGGCCCUGCAGAACGGCAUGAUGGGAGGCAGCGGGCUCAGCCAGAUGGACCUGCUGGGACUCUACCAGCAGCUCCACGGCCAGCAAAGCAUGGGCAAGAAUCCUGGGCCCUCCAAGGGCCUGUAGGUCAGAGGGACUAUUCCUCAGCCCCCACAACCCAUCCCCCUGUCCACACAGCUAGCCAGCUCCCAGUGGCCCAGUCCAAGCGUGGCCCUGUAACUGAGCAGCGCUCAAGGCAAACCGGAGCACCAAGCAGAGGGUGGAGUAGUUUUGAGACUAGGCCGCUGUCCGCUGGGGCCUCAAGUGGCCUAGACUCUGUCCUUUAUUCUGUAGUUCACUGAGAGGAAGUGGAAUAUAAUGUAUAAAUGACUGUGAAAGAUCUGUUAGGAUGUUUAACAGGACAAAAAAAAUGUAUAUACCGCCUUAAUGUUAUUCAAGUUCUAUAUCUUCAUUUUUCAUGUAUUUAAAGACGAACAAGUUUUACCCCCAAUGCUUUAAAGCAUUGUUCUGUUUCCCCCUUAAGAGGGUUUCCAUAUAAUUUAAACUCAGUUUUUUAUACUGUUUUAAAUGCCUAACUAAACUGAGUGGGACCAGUGUCGUUGAUGACGGGACUCAUUAACUGUAAAGGGUUAGGGUUACAUGAUUAUUAGCACCAGUAGAUUCCUCCACCAAUAUCACCCACAGCUGUUGGUGCUGCAAAGUCCUGCUCUUCUUGGCAAAUAGAAGAAACUGAUGAGUGGACAAUAACAGGAAAAAAAAAGCAUAACAAUUUUGGCCUUAUUAUAUAUUAGUUUCCUAAAAAAACUCUGUAAAGUUGAGAUUUGUUCAGAACCUUUUUCUAUUUUGCUUUUAAGUGUUUAUGUUAGUUGUCACUGAACAUGUUAAUGGAAUGCUUCUGUUGUUCAAAACUGCCUGCCCGUUCCUUUUCGUAACCUCACUCCCAUCGUCAUGUGUUGUCUAGCAUAGCACUGUGUGUCCUGUCCAUCGUUUAUGUUCCUCUUGUGUUGAUCCCGAGCUGGGGUGACUGAUGGGGUCUCGCAAAGCAUAACCACUUCAGCCACGUAUCACAGGGCCCAAAACGUUUCCCUUUACUCGUCCGUCACAGUUUGACACGUGUUUGAUCAGGUUGGACGUGACGGGAAGAAGUAAAGAUUGGAAAUCUUCUUAUAACGGGCUGACAAGUGUUGUCUGCUUUGUGAGAAUCCAUCCUCCUGGAUACUGUAGUCUUGGCAGGCAGACACCCAGACUACCUGUACUCUACUUUGGCACAUUCUUGCUUCUAAAUGCUUAAACUGGUGUAGCUGUUAAACAUGAAGAAUACGUGCAUUUUUCAUGAAGAGACGCCCACUUCUCUAGUUGGCUCCUGCGUUUGCACAAGGUGUAUUUCAUAAGUGUCGAGAAACUUUUUUGCCCUCCUCUAAGAAUGUUCUUAUGUUAGAUAAUACACCAAGUUGAUUUGCCAUGAAUCUGAUCUGCUAUUAUCUUGAUAAGUAUUUAAUAUAACAUUUAAUAAAGUGACCAAAAGGAUGAGCAA